AUGACAUCUUCAUUGCAACAUCGGCCUACCAGCGUUCGGCAAAGGCUGGACAAGGAUAUACCAGCCUUCCUGAGACCUCUUAUUCGAGCUUACAUACUCGGAUAUGCAACGUCUAUCACACCACGAAUCCUCACAUUAGUGCUACGGCAGUACGCUGCCUCCAGAAAGAACAGGGGUGCUGACGGUCUUACACAACCCACUAUCUCGACAUCCCUGCUCCACAUCCUUCGCGGGGGCCUGGAGCUGCAACGCUUUCCGACCUUUUGUGCGCUUUUGGUAGGAGGCACGACAUUUCUAGAAACCCCUCUCUUUGUUGUCAUCUCUAGACUUGCAUCUCGUCUAAAGCCCCUGGACCGACAAAGACUCUCGAGAUUUUUGUCAUCAUUAUUCGCAGCCUGGUGUGGUCUCAAGUUACUUCAGUCGAAACAAAGUGAUGCAUUUACGGACAAGACACCUGUCGAAUCCGACGAUGCACAGCCACGCCGAGUGCAGUAUCGGACCACCGAGUAUGCUGGCCGCACUCUAGAUCUGACUUUGUUCGCCUUUACGCGAGCCUUUGACGUGAUUGUUGGCGAACUAUGGGCCAGAAGACAUCGGACGGGGAGCCGGCCAUGGGCUCAGGUUGAUGCCGGAAUCUCGAAGCUUGCCGAUCCGUCCAUGUUUGCCAUUUCCUGCGGCUUUAUCAUGUGGUCGUGGUUUUACUACCCGUCAAGAUUACCUAGAGCGUACUCGCAAUGGAUUUCCACGGCGGCCGCAGUAGACGAUCGUCUGAUAGAGGCACUGCGUCGUUGCCGGAAAGGAGAGCUCCGUUAUGGUGAAGACACAGGCCAGGCGCCGCUUCUCGAAGCCAUGGCGAGAGACUAUGGUUGGCCAAUGGAAUGGGGCGACCCGGCGAAGACGAUUCCUUACCCAUGUGAAAUGGUGCAUAUGGGCUGCGGACCGUCUUGUGAAUACCACUUCCUAUCUCGAUUCGUUCGCUCGUUCAAGUGGUCGAUGACAACAUAUCUGCCACUCAAUCUCCUGCUUGUGGCGCGCAACCCCAAGCUCAAGGCUGUCAAGGCGGCUCUGAUAUCUGCCAGUAGAUCUUCGGCAUUCCUGGCAGCAUUCAUUACGCUCUACUUCUAUGGGGUGUGUCUGGCACGAAGUAGAAUCGGGCCACAUCUGUUUGGCAAAGACGCAGUGUCCCGCACCAAGAUCGACGCUGGAAUAUGCGUGGGUACUGGCUCGUUCCUUUGCGGGUGGAGCAUUCUGCUGGAGGCGUCAGGUAGGAGAAAGGAUAUGGCCUUGUUCGUAGCGCCGCGGGCUAUAGCUACGCUGUUCCCUAGGCGGUAUGCCAUGGACAAACAGUGGCAGGAGACGACGGUUUUUGCUUUUAGCACUGCUGUCGUGUUUACGUGUGUAUUAGAGAACCAGAAGCGAGUACGAGGCGUGUUUGGGAAGAUUUUAGCAAAGGUUUUGAUACCCUAG